AUGGCCGCCUUCACCUCCUACGUUUCCUCCGCCGGCCAACCCUCCUACUCCUUCCCCCAACAGCAAUCCGCCCCAUCACAUGCCUCCCGUGCACCCAUCCAACACUCGUUCUACCCCUACACCGACAACGGCGGCUCCACCCUCGGCAUCAGCGGUGACAACUUCACCAUCAUCGCCGGCGACACUCGCAGCACAAGCGGCUACAACAUCAACACCCGCUACGAACCCAAACUCUUCCGUAUAGGUGGUGAAGGCUCCGAACACAAAGGCUCGAAGAUUGUCCUGAGCGUGGUGGGUUUCGCGGCGGAUGGACAUGCGUUGAAGGAGCGAUUAGAUACAGUGGUCAAGAUGUAUCGGUAUCAGCACGGCAAGGAGAUGAGUGUUAAUGCUUGUGCGCAGCGGUUGAGCCACAUUCUGUACAACAAGCGGUUCUUCCCGUACUAUGUACAAGCGAUCUUAGGUGGGGUGGAUGAAGAGGGUAGGGGAGCUCUUUACUCGUACGACCCAGUCGGGAGCUAUGAGAGGGAGUUCUGUAGGGCUGCUGGUGCGGGUGCGAGUCUGAUCAUGCCGUUCCUCGACAACCAAGUCAAUCUCAAGAAUCAGUAUGAGCCUGCUGCGCCACAGGGUCUGGAGAAGCCGCAGCUGGUGCCGCAGCCACUGCAGAGGGCUGCUACAGAAGAGUUGGUGAGAGAUGCUUUCACGAGUGCGGUGGAGAGGCAUAUUGAGGUCGGUGACGGGUUGCAGAUGAUGAUCAUCACCAAGGAUGGGAUCGAGGAGGUGUUCUCGCCACUCAAGAUGGACUAG